UUGCCAUCUUUAUAGCUAAUGCAUAGUGGAACCUCCUCAGUCUUAUUAUAGGGUUGGACAUUAAUGUUUAGGGUCUUGUAUUUAUGUGGUAGUCUUGUUUCUACAAUUUUCAGAUCCCGGUGCAAGUGCUGAUCUAGCUGUGGUUUUAAUGCAAGAAGGGUUUGUAAUUAUUGGUGGGUAUUUGAAGAAAGAGCACAAGGGUUUGUAAUUAUUGGUGUGGAUUGGGUCCUCCAGGUGUUUGAUAAAAAGCGCAAGAGGGUUUUUGGGCUCUUUGGAGUGGGAGAAUGAGGCAGAAGAAGAAGAAGCGUGGAGGAGGGAGUGGGAAGAAGAAGAAGGCCUUGAAAGAUCAUGGGGCUUAUGUUGGCGAUGAUGAUAAUGAACUUCUUUCUGAAGAGAUCACUGCCUUGUGUGCAAUAUUUCAAGACGAUUUCAAAGUUAUGUCCGGAUCACAUCCUCAAAUCAUUAUUAAGAUUAGGCCUCAUUCUAAGGAUAUGGGUUAUGAGGAUCUAGAUGUUUCUGCACUUCUUUCAGUUAGGUGCUUACCAGGGUAUCCUUACAAGUGCCCAAAGUUGCAGAUAACUCCAGAGAAAGGUUUAUCAAAAACUGAUACUGAUAGGCUGCUAUCUCUUAUUCAUGAUCAGGCAAAUUCUAAUGCUCGAGAAGGACGGGUAAUGAUUUUCAAUUUGGUAGAGACUGCCCAGGAAUUCCUAUCUGAAAUUGUGCCAGUGGGCCAAUCACAUGGACCUGUAAGACUUCUCUAUCAUCAUAUUUGUGCAUUUGUUUGUGUGAGAAAAUGCAUAUACAAAUAUCAUACAUAAAUUGAAUAUUUUGGCAGACAUCUUUCAUGUAGAUUUUCUCUCCUUGUUCUGUUUCUGUUAUUACACUUUAAUUUUGUUCAUUCAAAUGGGGACUAAUAAUGAGGCAAAGCAGAUUGUGCAAGCUCGUUAUUACUGAAACCUAAGUGUAUAAAUGCAACAAAUUUAUUGAGCAUUGACAUCUAAACUUUGUAGUGGUAUCUCUAAAAGGUGUAUUGAAAUCGAAGGUGUAUAUAUUAACUUUCUUCCCCACAACCAUUACAAAACAAAGCAAACUAUAUUAACUUUCUUAUGCAUGCUUGUUCAGCUCUGUACAAGACUUGUGGAAUCAGCUCUAUUUUACGGGAUAACAAACAAGCCAAUUAAACGAUUAAGUUUGGGUUCCCCGAAACAAACAAAGUUAAAACUCCAACAAACAAAGCAACACCAUCAUCAACCUAAAAAAUUCUACAAAUUUCACAUAGAGCUGCAUGCAUGCCUAGGGGGUUACGGUUAACAGGAUCCACAUAUAUUAAUUAUCUGGGUUUCCAAUAUGCAUGGCAUGUAUUUUCUUCAAGUGAACGCCUCAACAUAUUCUUCUCCACCGACCGAUCGCACGUUUUAAUUAGAAAAAUCAAUAUAUAUGUGUGCUGUGUUUCCCCAAAACUGAAAUUUAGAGAAUUAAUUCAAACCCCAAAAUUGAAAAUUAGAACAUAACCCCAAAACUGAAAAUUAGAACAUUAAUUCAAACACCAAACCCUA